AUGGCCUCGGAGUCGGUGAAGGUGGUGGUGCGCUGCCGCCCCAUGAGCCGGCGGGAGCGGGAGCUGAACUGCCGGCCCGUGGUGGCGGUGGACGGCGCGCGCGGCUGGUGCUUCAUCCGGAACCCCGGCGCCCCCGACGAGCCCCCCAAGCAGUUCACCUUCGACGGCGCCUACUGCAUGGACCACGUCACCGAGCAGAUCUACAACGAGAUCGCCUACCCGCUGGUGGAGGGUGUCACUGAGGGCUACAAUGGCACCAUCUUUGCCUACGGCCAGACGGGCAGUGGGAAGUCCUUCACCAUGCAGGGCCUGCGAGAGCCCUCCUCCCAGAGAGGCAUCAUCCCCAGGGCCUUCGAGCACAUUUUUGAGAGCGUCCAGUGUGCAGAGAACACCAAGUUCCUGGUCCGGGCCUCCUACCUGGAGAUCUACAAUGAAGAUGUCCGUGACCUGCUGGGGGCUGACACCAAGCAGAAGCUGGAGCUGAAGGAGCACCCGGAGAAGGGCGUAUACGUGAAGGGGCUGUCCAUGCACACGGUGCACAGCGUGGCCCAGUGUGAGCGCAUCAUGGAGACGGGCUGGAAGAACCGCUCGGUGGGCUACACGCUGAUGAACAAGGACUCGUCGCGCUCCCACUCCAUCUUCACCAUCAGCAUCGAGAUCUGCGCCGUGGACGAGCGGGGCAAGGACCACCUCCGGGCAGGCAAGCUGAACUUGGUGGACCUGGCGGGCAGCGAGCGGCAGUCCAAGACGGGUGCCACAGGGGAGCGGCUCAAGGAGGCCACCAAGAUCAACUUGUCACUGUCGGCGCUGGGCAACGUCAUCUCGGCCCUGGUGGAUGGGCGCUGCAAACACAUCCCCUUCCGGGACUCGAAGCUGACGCGGCUGCUGCAGGACUCGCUGGGCGGCAACACCAAGACGCUGAUGGUGGCCUGCCUGUCACCCGCCGACAACAAUUACGACGAGACGCUGAGCACGCUGCGCUACGCCAACCGAGCCAAGAACAUCAAGAACAAGCCACGCAUCAAUGAGGACCCCAAGGACGCGCUCCUCCGCGAGUACCAGGAGGAGAUCAAGAAGCUGAAGGCCAUCCUGGCCCAGCAGAUGAGCCCCAGCAGCCUGUCAGCCCUGCUGUCCAGUCAGGUGUCCCCAAGCUCUGUCCAGGUUGAGGAGAAGCUGUUGCCCCCACCUGUGAUUCAACAUGACACGGAGGCCGAGAAGCAGCUGAUCCGGGAGGAGUACGAACAGCGCCUGGCCCAGCUGAAGGCCGACUACGAGGCGGAGCAGGAGUCCCGGGCCAGGCUGGAGGAGGACAUCACUGCCAUGCGCAACUCGUACGACGUGAAGCUGUCCAUGCUGAAGGAGAGCCUGCGGAAGGAGACAGAGGCUGUCCUGAAAGCGGAAGUCCUCUACAAGGCUGAGGCUGUAUCCAGGGCUGAGGUUGCCAAUAAGAGGGAGUACUCACCUGCUUUCCACCAUGAGAUGGCCACAGAACCCCAGGUCUUCUCCAUGCCUGAUGCUCCAUCCAGUGCCAGCGUCUCCAACACCGAGACUUCUUCCAGGUUUGAGGAGCUGCCCCAAGCAGAGCCCUCCAAGUCAGAGAUUUCUUUUGGGUCCAAUGAGUCAUCCACACUUGAAGGAUCCUCUGUGUCCGAGGCCUUCCCUGGGCCGGAGGAGCCCUCCAGCCUGGAGUUCUCUGUGCCCGAGGGACAGCCUAAGAGCAAAUACUUCUCAGAUGAGUAUCUCAGCCAGGAGGCCGUUGGGUCCCUGCUGGAGGAUGACCGCCACCUCCAGGAGGAGGAGCCUCAGGUGACACCCCUGCAGAUGCUGUCAGGCCUGCAGGACCCAUUCGCUGAGGUGGAAGCCAAGCUGGCCAGACUCUCCUCCACUGUGGCCAGGACAGACGCACCCCAGGUGGAUGUCCCCAAGGUCCCCGUGCAGCACCCCUCCCUGACAGACCUGCCAGAGCCCAGUGACACCAGGUCUGAAGCUGAGGUGGCCGAUGGCUUUCUGCCCAGGACUGAGGUUGAUCUUGCCCCGAACAUGGUCAAGGAGGUGGCGUUGGCAGCAGAGCCUGGCGUGUGGAAUGAGGCGGAGGCCCAGAUGGCCUUGGUGGCUCAGUCUCAGCCCAUCCCGGGCAGCGUAAGAAGGGAGAGCAUGGGUGUGGAGGUGGCAGUGGUGACAGACGACCUACUGCCUGCUGUGGACCAGCAGCAGGUGCUUGCCCGUUUGCAGCUGUUGGAGCAGCAGAUGGUGGGGGGGGAGCAGGCCAAGAACAAGGACCUGAAGGAGAAACACAAGCGGCGGAAGCGAUACGCGGACGAGCGCAAAGAGCAGCUGGUGGCGGCCCUGCAGAACUCGGACGAGGACAUCGGGGACUGGGUGCUGCUCAACGUCUACGACUCCAUCCAGGAGGAAGUGAGAGCCAAGAGCAAGCUGCUGGAGAAGAUGCAGAGGAGGCUUCGGGCAGCAGAGGUGGAGAUCAAAGACCUGCAGUCGGAGUUUGAGCUGGAGAAGAUCGAUUACUUAGCCACCAUCCGUCGGCAGGAACGCGACGUCAUGCUCUUCCAGCAGCUCCUGGAGCAGGUGCAGCCCCUGAUUCGCCGGGACUGUAACUACAGCAACCUCGAGAAGAUUAGGCACGAGUCCUGCUGGGAUGAAGACAAUGGCUUCUGGAAGAUCCCGGAACCCAUCAUCAUAAAAACCAGCCUCCCAGUAGCAGUUCCAACUGGGCCACAGAACAAGCCAGCCUGCAGAACCUCUGCAGCAGACAAUGGCGGCGAGCCAAACAUGGAAGAAGACCGCUAUAAGCUGAUGCUCAGUCGCAGCGACAGUGAAAAUAUUGCCAGUAACUACUUCCGGUCCAAGCGGGCCAGCCAGAUCCUCAGCACAGAUCCCAUGAAGAGCCUCACGCAUCACAACUCGCCGCCGGGCCUCAGCUGCCCCCUCAGCAACAACUCUGCCAUCCCACCCACCCAGACCCCUGAAAUGCCCCAGCCCCGGCCCUUCCGUCUCGAGUCCCUCGACAUCCCCUUCACCAAGGCCAAGCGGAAGAAAAGCAAGAGCAACUUUGGCAGCGAGCCUCUGUGA